AUGCGAAACGCACGACUCACCGGGCAGGCAUUAAGCCUCGCCACGGAAACUGCUCGUCAACCCUACAUCUGCCGCGCCUGUCUCGCGCAAUCCACCCGUCAACUCAGCACCUCCAACCCCCGAAACGCCUCCUCGCAGCCCUUUUACAAACGCAUCCAGGACUCACUCUUCGGUAGCAAAGAAUCCAAAGCCGCGGAAGAACGACUUGAACUCGCGCGCGAGAAACAAUUGGAAGCGAUAAGACAGGCGGGCCCUGAUGAACAGGUCAAGAAUGAUGAGUCGCAGAAUGAGGGGCGUUUAAAGGUUGCCGCGGUGGUGCAUCCGACUACGCAUAAGAAUUAUGUGGUUUCGAGGACUUGGAAGGGGAUGGAGAGGAUUGGGAGUGAGGCUUGGGUUACGCAGAGGGCGGAUCAGGGGGAGAAGUAUGUUGGAUUCAUGCCGCCGAAGCAGGUGAAACUUGAGGGAGAGGACUGGGAGGCUCUGCUGCACAAUAUCACUGCGGAGGUUCUGACUCUGAAGAAGGCUGGACGAGAUGUGUUGCAGAUUUGCAAUGCGAGGACUUUCAGCGAGGAAGAUGAAUGUUCUACUCGCGGCGUAAUUGUCUCCAACAAGUCUGGCGCUGCUGUGGUCGAGAACGGCAAACAGGAGAAGGCGAUUCUGGACAGCAUCUCAGAGACUCCAUCUGCAGAGCGUGAUCCAGAGUCGCUGAGGAUUGAGCUUGCACAGGCCUUGGCAUCUGGUCGCGGUCAACUCUUCAUGGCUUUCAAACUAAACGAUCCUCGUGUCAAAUUCGCGAUCCUCAAACGCGCCAUGCAACUCACAGGAAAGCGCGUCGCCGACAUUUCACUCCAGCACGCAAAUACGCUCAAUGACCUGUACGAUGCAUUCGCUGCUAAAGAAGCGCCGAAGAAAUUGCACGAGACGGAACAAUUACAGAUGCUGGAGGCGACGCCCAAUGUUCAAGUCCACAACAGUCGUCGCACGCAUGUACACAAGGAUAAGUCCAUUGGGAGGUGGAAGUUGGUUGAGAGCGAGUUACAAUUGAGGAACAUGCCUACGAGAGGCGAGUCGAGUAUUGCUUCUGGUAGAGAUGCGUAA